CCACCAAUCCCUCUCAAUCGUUGUCUUUCUGUGCUUUAAAAGCGCAGCUUACACGGGGGCAGCGCAUCAUUUAUCGUUUGGCAAGUGUGCUGUUCGUUUACGGCAUCAACGUGGCCCGACCCCAGGCCCAGAAUCAGCAUCUCGCCACCCCUCUGCUCCCCCGCACCGCGCUCACUGUGAUCGUAUUGUUACCUAGCGGCCAACCCGUCUUAAUUGCACCUGUGUCGCCGAUUGUUAAUUGUUGUCCGAAAAAAAUCAUUGAACGUGCGUGAAUUUUUGGGCAGUUGAUAAAAUUCCAAGACUCUUUUACCCUGUUGCUGUACCCGUUUCUGUGAGUGCCGUUAUGUGCACAGUCCCUUAUUUGUAAUGGAGAACAAUAAUGCGAGUGAAGUAAGAGCGGAGGAUGGUGGCUACGGUAAAACAGCCAAGGAGAAGAAACUGGAUGAGAGUGGGCAGGAACUCGUACCGUAUCCCAAGUCGGUGGCCUUUAUCAUCAGCAAUGAGUUCUGCGAGCGCUUCAACUAUUAUGGCAUGCGCACCAUUCUGGUGCUGUAUCUCACCAACAAGCUGGGCUACAACGAGGAGACCUCGACGGUGCUCUUCCACGUCUUCACCAUGCUGGUGUAUAUCUUUCCACUGAUUGGAGCCCUCAUUGCCGAUGGCUGGCUGGGCAAAUACAAGACGAUUCUGUAUCUCUCGAUGGUGUACAGUCUUGGCGCCUUGAUAGUGUCCUUUGGCGCCAUUCCGCUGAGUGUCAUGCCCACCAAAGCCGUGACCAUUGUGGGCCUCAUACUGAUCGCCAUGGGAACGGGCGGCAUAAAGCCGUGCGUGUCAGCCUUUGGCGGUGAUCAGUUCGUGUUGCCCCAGCAGGCCGUGCAGCUGGCAAAGUUCUUUUCACUUUUCUACUUUGCGAUCAAUGCGGGCUCCAUGAUCUCGACCACAGUGACGCCCAUUCUGCGAGCGGAUGUCCACUGCUUUGGCGAGAGCGAUUGCUUCUCGCUGGCCUUUGGCAUUCCGGCCAUACUCAUGCUCGUCUCUGUGGUCAUCUUUGUGGCAGGGAAGCGGCGCUAUCAUAUUAAUGCGCCCACGGGCAACAUGAUCUUCGGCGUCUCGCAGUGUCUCAGGAGUGCGUUCAAGGGUUGGCUCAAGUUCCGCAAGACCGCGCCGAUGCCCAGCUUCCUGGACUACGCACGACCCACGGUGGGCGCCAAGAUGGUGCACGAGACCAAGAGUCUGGGCAAGAUACUCAUCCUUUAUCUGCCCUUCCCCACAUUCUGGGCGCUGUUCGACCAGCAGGGCUCCCGCUGGACCUUCCAGGCCACGCGCAUGGAUGGCCAGGUGCUGGGCUACCAGAUCAAGCCCGAUCAGAUGCAAGUGGUCAAUCCGCUGCUCAUUCUGGCCUUCAUACCGCUCUUCGACUACUUGAUCUAUCCGCUGCUGGCCAAGUGCGGUCUGCGUCGGCCACUGCAGAAGCUCACUGUGGGACUGCUGCUGGCUGCCCUGGGCUUCUUCCUGUCCGCUGGCCUCGAAAUGAAGAUGGAACAGGCUGCCAGUGGCGCAGUGCCCAACGAUCCGCACACCGCCCACCUGCGACUGUACAAUGGAAUGCCCUGCCGCUACGAGUUCCUCAGCAAUGUGAGCCCCAGGACGGCAGCACAAGACGCAUCAUUGCGGAGCAUCGAUCCCUUGGACAUGUGGUCCGAUCUGUCGCUAAUCGUCCGGGAGCCCGCAGAGUACAACUUCACGGCCCAUGAUCCGGCAGGCAAUUGUGGCCAGAUUCAAGGCCAGCUGCGUCUGCGUCCGGGCAAGGCGACCAGCUACUUCCUGGCCGACAACGAGCUGCACGAGUUCCAUGAUGGCCUGGACAGUGUGCUCAACAUCAACAGUCCCCCCCUGCUCCGUGCGCUGAUCAACACGCCGAAGGGUGAGGGCCCCAUCCUGCUCAAGGGACCGGGAUACUUUCGCCAGCCGCUCCCGCUGGACAGUCGUAAUCUAUCGGAGCUGCAUCGAGUCGUCGUUGGCUAUGGCGAGGUAGACAUCAAUGGGAAGCGGGCAGCCAGCUUUCACCCCCAAAACGGUGGACUCUACAGCCUGCUGGUGAACGGCGAUGCUGCAAGUGGAUAUGAUUACAAACUGGUGGAGGUGGUGGCGCCGAGUGCGGUGUCCAUACUGUGGCAGCUGCCGCAAAUUGUUGCCAUGACGGCGGCAGAGAUUAUGUUCUCGGUGACGGGGCUGGAGUUCUCAUUCACCCAAGCGCCGAAGAGCAUGAAGAGCGUGCUGCAGGCCUGCUGGCUGCUGUCGGUGGCAGUUGGCAACAUGAUCGUUGUGCUUAUCGCAGAGUUCAAGAUGGCCAGUUCGCAGUCGGGCGAGUUUGCGCUCUUCGCCUGCCUCAUGCUGGUGGACAUGGUGCUGUUCCUUUGGCUGGCCCGCAACUAUCAGUACAAGGACCAAACGCAGGAAGCCGUGAGCGACGACGAGCCCGCAAAGUCCGUGGGCCAGCCACAGUCCUCCGACAUCACGGCGUACAAGAAGGAAGCGAGUCCGCGGCGUGUGGGUGGCAUGUAUGAUGAGGCGACUUAUGGCUCCUAUCGCAACAAUGCCUACGAUACUGAUUUCUCGGAAGUCUGAGCCUGUCCGGCACUCUGCCUGAUACUGAUACUGAUACUGAUACUGAUACUUAAUCAACAAUCAUCCUCAGCGAAUCCUCAAUCGAAUUUAGUCUUAGUAGCUCUUGUAUUUAUUUAUUUUACCUUUUUUUUGUAUUUUAUUUUUAGUCUACUUGUAGCUGCCGUACGCUUUUAUCCUGUACUUUCUGUGCAUUUGUGCCACUUGUUUUCGUACAUGUAUAAAAAUAUUUACACUUCGAUUCGAA